AUGGCUUUUCAGGACCGAGACAAGACGGGCGAAACAAAGAAAUGGCCGACACCCCAUCUGGCGUUGACUUAUCGCACCUGGUCAAGACUUCAAGAGUUGAUCAACGCCGGUAACGUUGAGAUCAAUGGAUAUAACUUGGACAUCGCGACUGUGGUGGCAGUGUCGAGAUUCGGAUGCAAACCAGUCAUCGAAAAGAGUCCGGAGUUGCUUGAAAGACUAAAAGAAAGCCAGGAUGUAUUGCUUGAACACAUGCGCAAUGGGAGACAAAUAUACGGAGUCAACACCGGCUUUGGAGGAAAUGCCGACCUGCGCACCGACAACCUUAUCAACCUCCAGCGAGCACUGACUCAACAUCAGCAGUCGGCGAUCAUGACCAGGGACGACUUCGAUGCUCAUCCCGACGGCGACAGAGAACUCAAUCCUCAUUCGAUGCCGACUAGUUGGGUCAAAGGAAGCAUGCUUGUUCGGUGCAAUACCAAUGUUCGCGGACACAGUGCAGUCAGCUGGAAGAUUGUCGACACUCUCGCUGAGUUGAUCCGAAGAGAUAUGACACCAAUCGUGCCUUUGAGAGGUUCGAUAUCAGCAUCUGGUGAUCUCAUGCCGCUAUCAUACAUUGCCGGAGUACUGCAGGGCAACACUGACAUCUUCGUGCGGUAUGGCAGAGGAAAGGACGUAAGAGUGAUGAAUUCGCUUCAGGCGCUAGAGGUGAUCCGAGAUAUCAACAUCCAAGAGAAGGGAACGGACGCUGAGGACCAAUACUCAGUCAUCACUCUUGGACCCAAGGAAGGACUGGCAUUGGUCAAUGGAACUGCCCCGUCGGCAACGGUGGCAGCGCUGGCGCUCCACGAGACAAAUCAACUUGCGGUCUUGUCGCAGUUGGUGACCUGCCUGUCGUCGGAGACGUUGGCUGCAAAUGUCGAAUGGACACACCCUUUCAUUGCAGAAGUUCGGCCACAUCCAGGUCAAAUGGAAGCAUCACAAAACCUGCGCGUCUUCCUUGACGGUUCGAAACUCGUCACUGGACUUGGUGAACGCAAUAAUUGUUCGGAUGAAGGCUUGGUGCAAGACCGAUACGCAGUGAGAAGCUCGCCACAAUGGGUCGGCCCACAAUUGGAAGAUUUGUGCUUCGCUGCGGAACAGUUGGUACGCGAACUCAACUCGACCACGGACAACCCUCUCGUCAACAGUGAAAGCCGCAGUGUUCAUUGUGGGGCGAACUUCCAAGCCGCUUCAGUGACCAUGGUAGCCGAGAAGACUAGGCUUUGCCUUCAGAUGAUUGGAAAGAUGCUUUUCGCACAGACGAGCGAGAUGAUCAAUCCAACUCUCAACAAUGGCCUGCCUCCGAACCUUGCGCCAGACGACCCCAGUCUGUCAUACUGCAUGAAAGGCGUCGAUAUCAACAUGGCCGCAUACCAGUCGGAACUUGCCUUUCUGGCAAAUGCAGUCAGUUCACACGUCCAGUCCGCGGAAAUGCAUAACCAGUCAAUCAAUUCGCUGGCGCUUGUCUCGGCUCGAUAUACCAUGCAAAGCGUCGAACUGGUUGCGAUGAUGACUGCGUCAGCCAUCUAUGUUGGACUUCAGGGGGUGGACUUGAGAGUCAUGCACAAUACUUUCCUCGAGCGCUUCCGAGAAAAGGCUAUGGACAUUAUCCACCGGUCGUUUCUGGCAGAUUUUGAGGAAGAGUACGCGUUCAGCAUGCACCAGGAGCUUUGGGACAAAUUUUGUGAGACCUGGACAGCCAACGCCGACAAGGAUGCAAAGGAUCGAAGCGAGAAGGUUGCGGAUACUAUGGUUGAUCUGGUCCUGAGACUGUACUGCAGCACUCAACAGUCCCAGAACGCGCCAGCAGAUUCAGCGAGUGCUUACUUGGAUAUCUUGAACUGUAGAGACGACUUGCGGAUAAACACACUGACAGCCUUCCGCGCACAUCAAUCUCACUUCUUCGAGAAUCCUUGGACGAGACCACACUUGGGCUGUGGCACGCAAGUCCUGUAUCAAUUCGUGCGCGAAGAGUUGGGUGUGCCGUUCUACCGUGGCUUGCUUGAGAACAUGGAGCUGGUUGAGAAUAGGGAAUUCGAAUUCGAGCCUUUGGGCCGGCCGAAGAAGACAAUCGGGUUCUGGAUUUCGACAAUUUAUGAAGCCGUGCGUGAUGGUAGAUUGGCUGGCAAAAUGUUGAAGUCGUUUGAGUGUCUCGCUGGUGCGUGA